CAAGUUUGAGGAUGAUAGAUGAAAACAAAACACUAAAAGAUUCACAGUUUUCAGGGACAUGCAAGAAAAACAUAGCAUAGAACAUCAGUGGCUUUUAUCGUUUCACAGUAAUUUCCCAGCCCCGUCCUUGCAUAUCCUCCCCCAUUUUCUGACUUCAUCAUCUCCCUCCCUCACUUUUUCUCUCAUUCUGCUGCGCUCUGUGAUUGGCUGAGCGGGAUGUUGACACGUCAGAGGCAGGGGAGGCAGGACCAUUAAAUCUCUGCUCCGGCUCUGUUCAGACACACAGACAGCCUCGCUCCCGACCGAGCCUUACCAAACGGAUAUUUAACCACCACGCGACCAAGACACCACCCCUCUCCAGCUCCAACCUGCUGCUAUGUGUAAAGGACUAGCAUCGCUGCCUACCUGCUGCUUGGAGAGGGCCAAGGAACUGAAAGCAAGGCUGGGAAGCAUUUUGCAAAAGCCCAAUUGGAAUCUAUCCUGCUGCAAAAUAGGGAAAAAUAAGCCGACACUGGAGGAAUGCCUCAAGUGGAAGGAGUCCUUUGAAAAACUCCUGUCCAGCAAAUAUGGACUGUGUGCCUUCACAGCCUUCCUGGUAUCUGAGUUUAGCGAGGAGAACAUCGCGUUCUACUUUGCCUGCGAGGAUUACAGGAGUACCAAGUCUCUUGCCAAACUACCCACUAAAGCCCAGAAGAUCUACGAGGAAUUCAUCGGCAGCGAUGCUCCCAGGGAGAUUAACAUCGACCACGAAACUCGUGACAUCACCAAAGCCAACAUGCUGGCCCCCUCACCUUCUUGCUUCGAUAUGGCCCAGCACAAGAUCUACAUGCUCAUGGCCAAAGACUGCUACCCUCGCUUCCUACGCUCUCCAGCCUACAGGGAUCUAGUGUGCCAAGCCAAACCGAGCACAAAGGCCACCAAGCAACCCAGGCAGGAGAAGACGGAAUGAAGGCGAAUCUCUUCGUGAGCCGACGAUGGAUUGCUAGUGGUCACCUUUUAACGGGUUGAGAAGGCGAGAGAGACGUGGCAGAAGAAGCUGCAUCAUGAAGCCGGGCGCUGAGGCAGACGCAGAGGUCGUCAUGAGAGCAGCAGUGGAUUCUGUAGACGCCGUCUCUUCGAAGAUAAGGGAGGAUGGGAGAAAAAAGGAAAAUAGGGCAAAAGGUGGAGGUUGAUGCCUUUUUUAAAGUGGACUGUCGGGUGAAUGCAGAUGAAGCUCGGAGAGCAAAGGCAAGAGACAGUGUAACAGACUGAGUGACAAUCAAACAGGAGGGCAGGAGAAGUGGGAAAUGCACUUUUCUUUGCCAUUAGGCAAACUUUUGUGGUUGUGAUGUGCAAUGUCCACUGUUUGUGAACAGGCAUGUAGGGUACUUUCUGAAUUUGUAUUUAUUUGUCUGUAAUAAAUUUGUUGCAUUUUUACCAAACAAAGAUUAAAAACAAUGUGCAAUUUAAUUUAUAUUAUAAUAUUUAUAUCACUGUUGUCUUUUUUUACGUACCAGAAAAUAAACUAAAUCAUUUGAGAAAU